AUGCGCCUUCCCUACGUCCCCAAUCCGCCUCCCACAGCCAACGAAGACGAAGCCGCCAUCGUCGCCCGCAUCCAAGCCCGCCGGCACCCCCGCCCCUUACAACCCCUCGACCUAACCCUCCUCCAUGCACCACCCGUCGCAGACGGCUGGAACUCCUUCCUCGGCGCCAUCCGCACCAAAACUACCCUCCCAGAUGACCUGAGAGAAUUGGCGAUCUCGAGAGUGGCGGUUUGCAAUAGUGCUUGGUACGAAUGGCAUCACCAUGCGCCGCUGGCGGUUAAGGCAGGUGUGUCGGAGGCUGGGAUGGCGGUUGUCAAAAGGGAGGGGGCGUUGAAAGUAGAGGAGGGCGUGCCUGAGGGGUUGAAUGAGAAACAGUGGGUUGUGGUUUGUUAUACGGAUGAGAUGACGAGAAAUGUGAAGGUUAGGGAGGAGAUGUUUGAGCGGGUGAGGGGGUUGUUUGGGGAGAGGGAGGUUGUUGAGUUGACGGCUACGAUUGCGUGCUAUAACUGCGUGAGCAGGUUCUUGGUUGCGUUGGAUGUUGGUGAACGAAACAACACUGGGCCAGAUGAUACCCACUGA